AUGGGGCGUGAGCAUUGGCAACAAGAAAAGGGAGGCAAUCUUGCUAGUGAACCAGAGGAGGGGGACAUCCCUGGAAGCUGGAACCCGUUACCGUGCAGCUGCGACUCCACCAAGCCAAUGGCUCAGCCUGAGGACAGGAUCAUCGCCGGCGUCUUCAUCGGCAUCGUGGCCUCCCUGCUCGUGUCCAUCAUCGUGUGCAGCCUGUGCCGGGGCCACCGCAACGGCGCCGCGGCGGCCGCCCGGGCGCGGCCACUGCCGGAGCGUGGUACAGUCACCACUACCGUGCGCGUCGACCAGCGGCAGCUUCGCCAGGCCUGCGCCGCCGGCGCGACGGCCGGUCUCCCGGCGUUCACGUACAGCCUGUCGGUGAAGCACAACGUGACGGGCGGAGGGGAGGAGGCGGCGACGUGCUCGGUGUGCCUCGGUGCGCUGCAGCUAGGAGACACGGUGCGGCUGCUGCCGGCGUGCCUGCACGUGUACCACGCGGAGUGCAUCGACCCGUGGCUGGGCGCGCACUCGACGUGCCCGAUCUGCCGCUCCGACACUGACCCGGCCACGGGCGUUGGCCGGCUACCACCUGCUUAG